AAAAUGGUUUCGAGGAUACGGAAACUGAUUCAAAAGAGAGUUUAUGAUAUAUUAUCACAUAAGAAUGGAACACUCAUUGUAUUUAUCGGUUUAAUAAUAAUUAUUGUAUCAGCUUUUCACUUUGGCGAGGCUGUCAUUGAAUGGAGUCAUGAAAAAUAUGCUACUGUUUUUAAUUCUUACAGUGACAAUAUUGGUUCAAAGUCAUUUAGAAAAAGAUUAUGUUUACCAGUGCCUAUAGAUGUUGUAUAUACAUGGGUUAAUGGUACUGACCCUGCCUUGUUAAAACAACUCAGUCAGUUAAGAUAUGAACUGAAAGAAGAAAUAACUUCUACACAAGAAACCAAAUGUACUUUCCAUAAUUGUGUCCCAUCAAAUUUGGUUGUGUUAGAUCCAGUGCUGAAUGAAGAAAUAUCCUUGUUAAAACUUCAGACUAUGAACAAAUUAUUUUUAGAAGCUAAUAAAAUCUUUAAUGUACAUACGCCAAACGAACCAAAAAGAAAUUUUACUUUUGUACAAUUUAAUGAACAAAUUGUUGAUAACUUUACCUCAAAGUAUGUGAUAUUAGAUGGCAAAAAUACAUCAGUUUCCAAAGUGUUUUAUACUAGUGAUUUAACUAAACAGUACAGUAUGGUAUCAGAAGAUAUUAUUCUAAUGACAGGUUUCCCCCAUACUUUAACAUCAACAGAAUUAAAGCAGAAAUUACCGGAAAAAUAUCAACCUAGUAUUAGUGAUAUCAAAUUACAUAUUGAUAUUGGUGUAGCAGUAUUAACAGUUCCUGAUAAAAUUCAGUUUAAUUUUAUAUUAGAGUUACAGAAUUGCUCAAUAGAUGGUAAAACACCAACAUUUUCUACAGCUAAUUAUAUAUGGGAACUCAGAGAUUUUUCUAGAGGAGAAGAUAUUGCUUCCAGUAGAUUUGAAGAUAAUGAGGAAUUACGAUACUCUAUGAGAUCAUUAAUGCGUUUUGCACCCUGGGUACAUCAUAUAUUUAUUGUUACUAAUGGUCAAAUACCAUAUUGGUUAAACAUGGAUAAUCCUCAAGUUACAGUUGUCACUCACGAGGAACUGUUUCCUAAUAAAAGUCAUCUACCAACAUUUAGCUCUCCAGCAAUAGAGGCUCAUAUCCACCGUAUACCAGGUUUAUCUGAUAGGUUUAUCUAUAUGAAUGAUGAUGUCAUGUUUGGUAAAGAAGUUUGGCCUGAUGAUUUUUAUUCUCAAUCUGCAGGCCAUAAGGUUUAUUUAACUUGGCCAGUACCUAAUUGUAAUGAUGGUUGUCCAUCUAAUUGGAUUAAAGAUGGUUACUGUGAUAAAGCCUGUAAUAAUACAGAAUGUGAUUGGGAUGGUGGUGAUUGUGAUGGUAAAUCAGGAGUUCAACUGGGUGCUGGUUUCCAUGCAGGUUAUGAUACUGCAUCUUUUGGUAAAUAUUAUUUUCAUUUUGGUAGUUCAUUAAAGGGACAGAUGCUGCAUUUUGCUGCUUAUUGUAAUACUGGUUGUGCUAAUACCUGGAUAGCUGAUAGAUAUUGUGAUACUGCAUGUAAUGUGAAAGUGUGUGGCUUUGAUGCUGGUGAUUGUGGUGUGGAACAAUAUGGAGAUUUGUAUGGUAUUAUGUUAUCUAAGGAUAUAAACACUUAUCACAUACCAGUUGGUAUAACAGAAGCAUAUUUUAAUUUAACUGAAGUAUUUAGUAUCAAUGGUACUAUAACUCAAGCUUUAUAUAAUAUCAAUAGUGUUAUACGACAAGUAGCAGUCUCUAAUAAAUACCAUGUAUUAACUAUAGUACUAUUGGGUAAAUUUAAUCAAACAUGGCUGAACUUUAGUUUACAUGGUCAUACUGGUGAGAAAGAAAAUACCUUUUCAACAAAUUUCACAGUCUCAGUUGAUACAAGUAAAGAUCUAAAACAAGAAAAGACUGUAACCAGUAAUAAAACAAUGAAUGAGUCUGAUACUGAAGAAGAAGAAGACAUUGUUAUCUUGCCAGCAUUGACUGAAAAAGAAAGAAAACCACAAAUUAAGAUGGGAAAAGAAGAUAUGUUAAAUUUUAUGGACAGAGAUUUUAAUAGUAAUAAUACUCAAUUACCUACAGAAAUUAUAUCUCAAUUAUAUUUAUUAGAAACAGAAUAUAAAGCUGAUGAAUUAACAGCGAAAGGAUUCAGAAAACAGCUUCAGAAAUUGAAAUCAAGUCUUCUUUCACCCAGUGAUGUGAAAUUAAACAAGGUCUUGAGAAGAUUAUUGUGGCUGGAUAAUGAAGACUUUGAAGAUUUGAACAGCCAGUGGUAUUUAAACAAAAGUCAAAGUGUAGAUAAUCACAUUGGUUUACCUUGGGAAGUAAAAAACAUCAUGAAAGACAUUAAAAUUGUUUCUGAAGAUAAUGACUAUGGUACUCCAACACAUCAUGGUCGAAGAUUGUUAGACACAUUUGGUGAUUCCUUACGCCAUGUCAAUAAAAUUUAUAAUAAAGCUUUUGGUUUUGAUUCGCGGAAAGUCCCAGCUCAUAUGCCACAUAUGAUAGAUAAAAACAUCAUGGCAGAAUUACAAGCAAGGUUUCCAGAAGAAUGGGAUGUGACAUCUUCCCAUAAAAUACGACAUCCUAAAGACAUGCAGUUUGCCUUUUCCUUCUAUUACUAUGUAAUGGGGGUAAAAGAUGAAGUGAAUUCCAGUCAAGUUUUUGAAGAAAUUGAUACUGAUCAUUCAGGUGUUUUAUCAGAUAGAGAAAUCCGUACACUAGCAGCUAGAUUGUAUGAUCUACCUUUAUAUUUAGAGCUACUGACUGGUUUAGAGAAUUUAUUCUUAAACUGUUCCAAAUCAAUAGCACCAGAAACACAAGACGAGUCAGUGACUGAACUCUACUAUGAUAAAAAUAUGCCACAAGUAACAAAAUAUAUUUUAUUAAACUGUGAAGAUUUUACUAGUUUGAUCAAAGAAAAGUUUAAACCAGUUGGGAGAUACAAAUAUACAAUAACAGAAGAAGAUGAAAUAGCAUUUAAAAUGAUAAAAACUAAUGUAUCUAGUGUUGUUGGACAAUUAGAUGACGUGCGAAAAAAUCCAAAAAAAUUUAUAUGUAUAAAUGAUAACAUUGAACAUGGUUCAGAAGAGGCUAAAACAGUGAAAGCUAUAUUACAAGAUUUUUAUGAGUCUAUGUUUCCAAUACAAUCAGAUUUUGAGUUACCUAGAGAUUAUAGAAAUAGAUUCUUAAAUAUCAAAGAACUUAAAGAAUGGAAGAGUUAUAGAGAUUGGUUAAGAUUCUGGACACAUAUAGCCUUAGUUUUACUAGUAAUCAUAACUAUAGCUACUUAUUUUGGCGACAAGAUUGAAGAAAAAUAUAAAGAAUACAAGAAACAUUCCAAGUUGAAAAGAAAGAAUUCCAAUAGUAGCUUAUUGUUUAAUGAUUCCCCUGAUUUAGAUAAUACUCAAUCCAUAAUAAAUGUUUGA